CUUUGUGAAUGAUCAUGGUCAGUGAUGUUGGCCGAAAAGCUGUGCAUAUUGUUAAUCAAUCUUUGGUCUUUUUAAAUAGAGAAAGUCAUGUUUUGCGCAAAACCCGGAUAGAAAGUGCAGGUAACAAACAUUGAGCAUUGUGCAAUGAACAUAAAUUUAUGCAUACAUGGCAAAGACAGAAGUAGAUGGUAUCAUAGCACUUUUUAGACCUUAAAUAAAGAAUGAUCAUAAUUGAUUCUCCACCUUGGUUUAUGUUACUACAUAUUCACAAAACUACUCUCAGAUCUCAAAUUAACAAUUUGAAAUCCGGCUCCACUUGUUUAGUGUAAACACUACCUGCCCCCACCAUUGGAUAUAUGUAGAACAUAGUUCCAACACAAUAGUACAGUGAGUGAUCAAAAGCCAGUAUUUAAAUUUUAGGCUUCAGGGUCCGCUCAUUAUAAACCUAGUCAAAUGAGAUAAUAAAAUAUCAGGUAAUAAAGAUGUGCCCUAGUGUAUUGCUGGAUUUUGCUUUUCAUAGCUGAAAAGUGAAAAGUCUUUGAUGUUUAAAAGUGCCAUGCUGGAUUUCAAUUUCAUCUUAAAAAGUUUCUUGUUUCAGGCUCAUACCAUUGUUUGUGUUAUCGAAGGCCAAAGCUUAUAAUCACUUCUGUGACCCCAGUUCUGUAUAUUUUGCAGGUACAGACUUGAAGUUGGGCACUAACUACUGGUAAGGAUUUCCCAUGUGUGCAUUAUCUACAUACCAUGGGGUGUUUUUCUUCAAAAGUCAUAGCCAGAUCAAUCAGCUUCCAUGAAGAGAGAAAGAAGAGAUCACAGAGAAAAACUAACGGCAUUCCAUUGCUGGAAGAUCUAAUCAUCUCCACUGGUGGCAGUGACCAGUACCUUGCUCUUUUCUGUGCAGCUAACACAGUAUCCAACAAACUGCAUUCUGGAAGUUUAAGUUCUAACACUUCCUCAAAACUGGCCAUUGAGCCUGCCAGUGCCAGUUCUGAAACUAUCAAGAAGUUGAAGCUGCCAUCAUCAGCAAGACUAGGCCAAGGAGAAGGGAAACAAAUUGAGAGUGAUAAGAACAGGUCCAAAAGUUGGCACCAAUUUCCAGAACACAUUGUGCAGUCUCUUGCUCAGGAGAAUUCAUCUGGUUUUGAAGAUAAACAUGACUUGAGCUCCAAGGGUGCUGCGCGUAGUAGGAGCUUUCACACAUUGAAGGAAUAUGAUGAUAUGGUUAAAAAAAUAUGGUUGGCCGAAUCCCUCACAGAUCAGCAAAGUGAGUUUAAUGAUGAAGAAGAUGCUGGUUCAGGAGCUAAUACAACUCAUCAUACUGAGGAUAGGGAUUGUGUCAUCAAGAAGAUGCAACCACCAUGCUUAAACAAAAAUUAUUCAUUGGAAGAAAGAGAAGAAAGAAAAGUAGUGAAGGAGACCGACAACUUGAGUACAACAUCAGAAAUCAGCACAGUAGCUACAACUCCAAGUCCUAAAAGUCACAUAUCUAGUUCAGGUAUUAAGAAUGAGGGAGUGGUUCCAAGCCAUAAAACAAGCACAAUUGAGAAGGGAAUUAAGAGAAAAGCUGUGGCAAAGAGGCUAGAAUCACUUAGAAUCCCAACCGGUGUCGAAUAUCCAGCAAUUGCUAGUCUUAGAGAAUGGCUCCCUGCAAGUGGAAUAUACUCUCCUGAAUCCUAUGUCACCCCAAAAUUUGGCAGUUAUUCUAUCAUGGACAUUAGAAAUGCAAAUGAAUCCAGUGAGGAUUCUGUAUUUAGUCCAGAGUUGGUGUCUGCCUUUGAACAAUGUAUGCAAAAACUUGAAGCAGAUGAAGAAAACAUUCUGAAACAAAUUGUAGAGAAUGUGGAGGAAGAAAGUGAAGCAAGCAGCCCCAAGAAAGAACACCAUGCAUAGAAAAUCAAACAACUGAAGGUGAAUUUUGUUAAUAAUGGAUAAAUCAUAGACAAAAUUGUUAUUUCUACUCCACUACUCUAUUUUUCACAUCUUCAAUGCCUGUAUGCAUGUGAAUUUUCAGGUCACAAUUUUUUUUUUAAUUUGAGAGUAUUCUGAGAAGAGAUGCCAAUUUACAUGGCAGUGAAUGUAAAUGUACUAUGCCUACAUCCAAUGCCUUGACCACCUUUGUGUAUCAUAUCAUAGUUAUAAAAAAUUUGGAGAAAACAAUUUCGUUGGAAAA